AUGACUGGAGAUCUAGAUUAUCGAGGGACCUUUCUGGCUAAUAGGCCACUACAUGUCCUAGAGAAGAUAUUUCUUGUGCUAUUUAUACUUAUGGUGUCCAUUGCUAUCAUGAAUUUACUCACUGGCCUUGCUGUUGGCGAUACGAGCGAGAUAAUGAAUCGAUCGAAAGAGGAGAAAAGGAUUUACAAG